AUGACGACUCGUUACCGCGUUGAAUAUGCACUCAAGACCCAUCGUCGGGAUCAACUGAUAGAAUGGAUUAAAGGCCUAUUGGCAGUUCCCUUUGUCUUACACUCUCAGCCCAACGUCGAUUACCAGGAGCAUAGUGAGGGGCUGAAGACGGUCGCCGCCGACACCUAUCAGCGCUAUGCAGAGAUUAUGCGCGAUGUCGAAAACCUGAUCAUCGAUCACAUUCAACACCACGAACGGAAGGCUCCCGGCAAAUCCAAGCUGAAGCUACUGGUACCCUCGGUCGGCACGUUCUUUACCAAAUUACACAUCGAAGAUGCUUUCAAGUAUCAGGAUAAACAGCGGCUCAUCAGUCGACGACGAUUUGUCGCACCCUCGUUCAACGAUAUCCGACUUAUCUUGAAUUCAGCCCAGCUACUUGGCCUAGUUGGCUCCAGCGAGGUCGAACUGGUCACUUUUGACGGAGAUGUCACUCUCUAUGAUGACGGGGCCUGUUUAACUCCGGAUAACCCGGUUAUCCCACGAAUCCUACGACUCCUACAACAGGAUCGUAAAGUCGGUAUUGUGACCGCCGCAGGGUACGAGGAAGCCCCCAAAUAUUACGGUCGAUUGUAUGGCCUCUUGGACGCCGUGCACAACUCCACCACUUUGUCCCCAACCCAGAAGCAGGGCAUCAUUGUGAUGGGAGGCGAAAGCAACUUCCUUUUCCGAUUCGAUCCGGACUCUGAUGCUCGUCUAACUUACGUCCCUCGAGAGCAGUGGUUGCUAGAGGAUAUGCGGGCCUGGCAGGAGAAUGAUAUCAAAGAGCUUCUUGAUCUCGCCGAGUCUGCUCUUCGCGAUUGUGCUACGAACUUGAAUCUUCCAGCAGGCGUGUUGCGCAAAGAUCGCGCUGUGGGCGUGUACCCGAUGAAUGGAGUUCGAAUCAAUCGUGAGCAAUUGGAAGAAACUGUUCUUGUAGUUCAAAACACAGUGGAGAGGUCGCCCGUUGGUUCGAGGCUCCCCUUCUGUGCUUUCAACGGUGGCAAUGACGUUUUCGUUGAUAUCGGCGACAAGUCAUGGGGUGUACGUGUCUGUCAACAAUACUUUGGUGGCAUUGACCCUUCAAAGACCUUGCACAUUGGUGAUCAAUUUUUAUCGGCUGGUGCGAAUGACUUCAAGGCUCGCUUGGCAUCAACAACCGCUUGGAUUGCAAGUCCCACAGAAACUGUUGAUCUUCUGGAUGAACUGGAGACCGCCGUGAACCGCUCUUGA